AUGACUCAUCGUGGUGGCGUCGGACGCAACAAACGAAAAUCAACACCACCUUAUCCAACCGAUAAAAAGGGUCGUAUUCGGGCCUUCUCACCUCCAUCAUUGCCAUUAAACUCAUGCCUUAAAGACUUACCUGCCACAUCGAAAAAACGCAAAGCAAGCCAGUCCAGCACUGUCUCACCUCCUGAAAAUUCAACUCUGAAGAAGCUGGUCUUGGCCACCAAUUGUUCACCAAUUCCGGACACGAAUAUUACCACUUACAGCAACAACCGUUCUCGUUCCGUUUCUAUGGACGAAUCUGAGUAUUCCGAUUCUAAUGAUACCAUGUCUACUCCUCCUUCGGACACUGACGAGACAAACAAAAAAUCAGCUAAAAAUUACCCACAAUCCGACAAUAAACGCUCCACCCGUAUACCACCAAUUCUGAUCCAAACAACCUCUGACAAUCCAUGGCGGAAAAUAGCAAAAGCCAUGUACACAAAAAACCAAGGUCUCGACCAAGUGACCGCAAAAACUACAUCGAUUCCUUUACAAAUCCAAAUAAACUGCCCUGAAGAGUCCUCAUUCAGACUCGUCCAACAAUUCAUGACCAUCAACAAAAUCAGCUUCCACACCUUUGCAUUACCCAAAGAACAAUCUCUUAAGAUUGUAAUUAAAGGUGUUCCACUUGAUAUUACUGACGAUGAACUCAUGGAAGAACUUCUAGAGGAAGGUUUCAAACCAAAUUUUGUCCGUGCUUUCGUAAAAAAUGAUAAAAGACUUCCAAUCCACAUGGUCUCCCUAAAACGCACAGAAAAUGUGAAAGAAAUAUUUGAAACCACUGAACUUUUCUACGUCCGAGUAAAAAUAGAACCAUAUAAAUCAACGGGUCCCGCCCAAUGCUUUUCAUGCCAGAGAUUUGGCCACUCAUCACUCCAGUGCGGACACCCUCCAAGAUGCGUUAAGUGUGGAGCAAACCAUUCAAACAAGGAAUGUAAGAAACCGAAAGAAGAUACCCCAACCUGUUGCAACUGUAAUGGAAAACACACCGCAAACUAUAGGGGCUGCCCAUACUACACAGAUAUUUACAAAGGAAAAAUAGACCACUCCAGAGAAGCAAGAAACAAAUCCAUACAGACAGCGAUACCAACGCCUAUACCACUACCCGCAACACACGAAACGACCAUAGCAUCAACAAUUAAAUCUUACGCGAGCGUAACAAAACACCAAGCAGAAAAGCCAGAACCUACAAUAAACGCAUCCAAGCUCUUGCAAAUAAUCAAAGACCUCCUUACAACAGCUCAAGAAAGUGAAGACGUCGCAUCAAAAAAUGCGGUCAUCACAACAGUCCUGAGAAUCAUAAAUGCCAUCCCUACAUCCCAUGAUGAAUGA